AAGACGUUGACAUCGUCCAGGGGUUACACUGUUUUUACGCUUCAUCUUCAGCCUGCUUUUGUAGUCCUCUGGUCGUUCAUAUUGCACAGUAAUGCCUCCCAAAAAACCAGCAGCGGACUCUGAGGAUCCUACUGAGCCCACCUCAGCCGAUGCCCCUGCGAAAGACACUGCUGGAAAAAAUUCAGAUGCUGCGGCACAGCGCAGGCUUACAGCUCAUCCUUCCACGGCGGUUAUGGUGAGGGAGGCACUCCAGGCUCUAGAUUCGCGCAAAGGGGUGUCAUCCCAAGCGAUACAGAACUACAUUAAGCAAAAAUACCCCUCUGUGGAUUUGGUGAGGUUGAAGCACUUUGUCCGCAAUUCCCUGAAAAAGGGAAUAGAAAAUGGCACGUUGGUGAGACCUGCUAACUCCAGUAUCACUACAGGAGCUCUGGGGAAGUUCAGGCUUGCUCCAAAGGUCAAAGAGUCAAAGCCAAAAAGCGAGAACACGGAUCCCAAUGUGAAAACUGUUUCAAAAGAAGAAAAUGAAGACAAGAAGCCCAGAAAAGCAGGUACCUCAAAGAAGACCUCUAAAAAUGAGGUGACAAAGUCUUCAGAGGACUUAAAGCCUCCCAAAAAGACUAAGAAAGAUGAAGGGGCUGCUCCUUCAAAGGUACCCCCUGCAAAGAAGCCAAAACCUAAAAAAGCUGAUGCAAAAGGGGAUGAAGAGGGAAGCACUGAUUCAACUAAAUCUAAACCAGCCAAAACUAUCAAAAAGGUCAAAACCGUGAAGGCGUCCCAAAGCAAAGCUGCUAAGGCAGGCAGCGAUGCCCCUGCAGUCAAAGCGACUGGAAAACGAGGGAAAAAGCCUGUGGAGUAAACGGGGUUCUUAAGUCUUUUUAAUCAUUUGCAAUAAAACCUUUCAUUUUAAAA